CAUAGUGCAACAGCAUACACACACUUUUUAGCGUAAUCUAACCUGAAAUAUACACUGUGCACUAAGAUUGACAGGAAGCUCGCCCAUACACAGGAAAAAGGGGUUUCCUGGAGUCGAAACAAGCUGCGUGCGUUACCAAUAGACAUACAACCUGUGAAAGGAGGCGGACGUAUCUGAACUGUAGGCUAGGUUGAGCUGCGAGCAGGAGACGGAGAAAUUGAUACAGUGGAGCAGAAAAUCUGGAAGACCUUUACUGUGUAGAAAUUUGUAACAUUGUUGCAAGUAUUUUGCUUACUAAAGACUGAAAGAAGCAAGAGAGAUCAGAGUGGUUUCCCAUUUGGGGACGAGUUAAUUGUUGAGCAAGGGCUAUAACGGAUCGUUUUCAGCUACAAUUUAAAUUUGACUGAAAUAUUACGCUGGAAAUGUCCGAAAAUAAGCCGAAUGAUGAUCCGAAGUUGUCAACGACGGACAGGGUGGUGAAAUCUGUCCCUUUCCCUCCCAGCCAUCGGCUAACAGCGAAAGAGGUUUUUGACACUGAUGGAAAGCCCCGAGUGGAUGUUUUGAAGGCCCAUCUGACAAAGGAGGGCCGGGUGGAAGAAAGUGUUGCCCUGAGGCUCAUCACAGAAGGGGCAGCCAUCCUCCGAUCAGAAAAGAACCUACUGGACAUUGAGGCUCCUGUCACAGUUUGCGGGGAUAUUCAUGGGCAGUUCUUUGACUUAAUGAAGCUCUUCGAGGUGGGAGGCUCUCCAGCCAGCACACGUUAUCUUUUUUUAGGGGAUUAUGUGGACAGAGGAUAUUUCAGUAUUGAAUGUGUGCUGUACUUAUGGGCCUUAAAAAUUCUUUAUCCCAAAACACUGUUUUUGCUUCGUGGGAACCAUGAAUGUAGACAUUUAACAGAGUAUUUCACAUUUAAGCAAGAAUGUAAAAUUAAGUAUUCAGAGAGAGUAUACGACUCAUGUAUGGAUGCCUUUGACUGCCUUCCCUUGGCUGCCCUGAUGAACCAGCAGUUUCUCUGUGUACAUGGAGGCUUGUCUCCUGAAAUCAAUACUCUAGACGACAUCAGAAAAUUAGAUAGGUUCAAAGAGCCUCCAGCAUACGGACCUAUGUGUGACCUCUUGUGGUCUGACCCACUGGAGGACUUUGGCAAUGAAAAGACGCAAGAACACUUCACACACAACACAGUGAGGGGCUGCUCUUACUUUUACAGUUACCCUGCUGUGUGUGAAUUCUUACAACACAAUAAUUUAUUAUCAGUUAUUCGUGCCCAUGAAGCUCAAGAUGCUGGAUAUCGUAUGUACAGGAAGAGUCAAACAACAGGCUUCCCCUCACUAAUCACCAUUUUCUCAGCACCCAACUACCUAGAUGUGUAUAAUAACAAAGCUGCAGUAUUGAAAUAUGAGAACAAUGUAAUGAAUAUCCGACAGUUCAACUGCUCUCCCCAUCCUUACUGGCUUCCCAACUUCAUGGAUGUUUUCACUUGGUCAUUACCAUUUGUUGGGGAAAAAGUGACUGAGAUGUUGGUAAAUGUUUUGAGCAUCUGCUCCAAUGAUGAGUUGACGACUGAUGAAGAGAUUGACGGUGCUACAGCAUCUGCACGCAAAGAGGUCAUCCGCAACAAGAUCCGGGCCAUAGGCAAGAUGGCCAGGGUGUUCUCCGUCCUGAGAGAGGAGAGUGAGAGUGUCCUGACAUUGAAGGGUUUGACUCCAACUGGCAUGCUUCCCAGCGGUGUGUUGUCAGGAGGGAAAGAGAAACUUCAAAAUGAAACUGCAGCUACUAUUGAGGCUAUUGAGGCUGAUGAAGCCAUCAAAGGUUUUUCGCCUCAGCAUAAGAUCACGAGCUUUGAAGAAGCCAAAGGGUUGGAUCGCAUCAACGAGAGAAUGCCUCCACGCAAGGAUGCCAUGCCCACUGAUGGCAGCCUCAACUCCCUCAACAAGGCCAUUUCCUCAGAGACCAAUGGCACUGACAGCAAGGGCAGUAGUAGCAGCAACAUCCAGUGAUGGGCUCCUGGUUUGAAGGCUGUAAGGCAUGUAAGAAUGGCUGCCAAAAAAGCAGCUGGGACGUUGUUGCCUCUGAAGCAGCUUGCAAAGGAGUUGAGGGGUGGGGAACCGGGUUUUCAGAAUCGAGGGACAGAGAGUGAGUGAUUAGGGGGUAGAGAGAGAACUAUAGAGAGAAAGAUAAAACAUUAUUUGGUGGGUGACAUUUCUUGUUCUUUGGAUAUGCCUUUAAUGCUUGUAGUAACAUGAAAAGUUAUUGCUGGUUAACUAUUUUAAGAAUCUUGGGGAUAUACUUGAUCAUGUAUUGCAUUGGGGAAAACUUAAUGGGUAAUGUUUUGAAAGGCCUUUACUCUAUUACUGGACAUGGAAACUUUGUCUAACUUCUUACUAACUCUUGUACGUUUACAAAAUACAGCACUAAAAAUGGACAGAACGUUAAGAAAUAAAAACAUUUUUAACAAAUAAUGGUGUACAAACUAAGGACUAUUUAUUGAUAACUUUUUUUUUUGCUACUCUUGUCAUAAAAAUAGCUCUGAAGUAAAUUAGGCAGUCUUAAAAGAAUGUUGCAAAAUUGUUAAAAUGCCAAAAAGGAAAGUUUAAUGGUUUUGUACAGAUUAUGCUUACCUCAGGUUUAUUUAGUGUGUGCUUGGCCCUACUUUCUGUAUAAUGGCUAAUUAACUUGGCAAUGAAUACCUUUAUUCUUUAAAUUUAAUAACUGGAAUUACAUUCAUCUAUUAUUUGCAGAUAUUUUUGUUUGUUUUAUUUUGUUGGGGGAUAGAACUGUUGGUUGUGGCUUGCUGGAAUUCUAUAUUUAUGAGUGGUAUUUUUUUUAUUUUUUAAGUAUAGUGAACAAAAAACACCAUAUAAGGUUCAGUGAAAAGCAUCUAUAUUAUGUAAAAAAAAAACAAAUAAAUAAAAGAAUCUGCCUAUGCAUGUUUUCUAAAACUAAAUAAAUAAACUUGGCUGCAGAAGCCUGUUUGGGACUGUAAUGCGCUUAGUGGAUAUAUACUGGAAAUGUAUACCGCCAUUCUUUAUAUUCACUUAAUGAUACUGCUUAAUGCCUUCAACCUUUUUGUAAUUAAAGCAUUGAAAUAUUUAAGAUGGGAGAGGAUUCAUCAUAUUUUUAACAUAUGCUUGUAAGUGCACAUGUAGUUCAAUUAGCAUGUUUAGCGAUUAUUGUGAGAUAAGUUUGUGGUUACAUGUGGAACUCAAAAUGCAUGAUAGCUGUUAGUGUCAUAUAAUGGUUUAGUCAUUUUUGUUCUGUUCUGUAAUGUGCCACAAAAAUGUAAUUUUAUUAUUAAUUAAUAUUAUAAUUUUUGGAACUCUCUUGCUUUGUAUAUCAGUUACGGGUUUAUUACUGCUCCAUACUUUAAAAUUAAAGAGAAGAAAAAGUCCAUUGAUCUUUUUUAACAACUGUAUAAGUGCCCAAGUAAUUCACUACAACAUGAAGCCUUGCUUUUGUAAUUUGACUUCUAAACUGUUGGCAGAUAAAGCAUGCACUUGCAACAAUGAAAAGUAUUUUAUAUUACUGUUCAAUAAAACGUGCAUGGAAUUCAA